AUGGCUGACUCGUGCGGACAACAAAUCACUGUCACCGUGACGCAGACGAUUCUCCAGGGAGCUGCAACGAGCACCACCGAUGCACCCGCCAGCUCAGACCCAAGCACCUCACUUUCCAGCCCUGCUUUGGCUUUGGCCUCCUCAGACGCCGACAGUGGUCCUGCUUCAUCUGAGGUAGCUUUUGGAUUCCUUCCAGUCUCUGUCUCCGACACUACGCUGACAACCAUGGCACCGGCCACCACCAUGACCUUGAAUCUUGUCCACGCAACAACUUCCAGCUUGAGCACCGGCACCGGCUCUGUUUCCAAAGCCACCAGCACAUCGAGCGAGUGUCCGAAGCCCACUACCUCCGAAGCAGCGGCACUGGCGUCGCCAAAGCCGUCGUCAACCCCAAGUGGUACGAUUGCCGGCGGCGUGAUCGGUUCAAUGGCAGGUCUAGCCCUGAUCAUAGCUCUUCUCCUGUACUGUUGCAGGCGAAAGCGCAAGAUCACCUUCAAGCGCAAGGUGCACAAGACUGACCCUGAGGAAGAACAGGCACAUGUGCUGGAAUCCAUCACGCAGGAAAAGGACGAGGCCGUGCGGCAGCUGGAGCAGACGCGGCAGAGUAAGCCUCUUGCCCGUCCACGUUCAUUUGACUUUGGCCUGCCCAAGAUACAACAUAGUACGAGCCCGGUCAUGCCGCAGCGGUGGAUCUGA